AUGAGUGAUGAUGAACAAGAUGAGGAGAAAGUUUUAAAAGUAAGUUUGAUCCUUAAUUUUCAUUAAAUAAACAAUUAUUUUUCGAUUUUCAGUUAGUUUUGGUUGGCGAUGGUGCAAGUGGAAAAACAUCAAUCUGUCAAAGAUUUGCCAAAGAAACAUUCGAUAAAGCCUAUCAUCAAACCUUGGGUCUCGAUUUUUUCUCUCGUCGUCUAAUGUUUCCAAAUGAUGUUCAAGUUCUUGUUCAAGUUUGGGAUAUUGGUGGACAAAGUAUUGCUGGUGAAAUGGUGGAUAAAUAUGUGAAUGGUGCAAAUAUUGUGAUAUUAGUUUAUGAUGUGACAAAUGGAAAAUCAUUUGAUAAUGUUCAAGAUUGGUUGAGUUUGUGUCGUCGAGUUCUUGAUGGACAACCAAAACCGCCAACUUUUGUAUUAUUGGGAAAUAAGACGGAUUUGGAAGAAAAACGGGUGGUUUCUGUGGAAGCGCAUAAUACAUUUUGUAGUAGUAAUGAAUUAACACCAGCUUAUGUUUCAGCAAAAAGUGGAGAUACUGUGUUGCUAGUUUUCAGGUAUAUCAUGUUUUAUUUGCAUUCAGAAUUUAUUUAGCAGUUUGUCGAAAAAAAUUUCUAGAAAUUUGAAAAUUAAAAUUUUCAAAGUUCGAAUGGAAAACUGAGAAAGUUUCGUGAACUCUGAAAUGGUGUAAUUAUCUGAACUUUUGAAAAUAUUUAAAAGUUUUCUAUGAACUCGGUUUUUAAAAUAAAUUUUAUAUCCAACUUCCAAAAUAGCCACUUUUUCAGACAAGCCGUUGCUGAUGAGCUGAAAAUCUCAAUGACCAAAGCUGACGUUGAAGCCGACAUUGCAAUCGUUCAAGGAACUGUUGCCGAGGUCGUCAAAUCAGAUAUGAUUCCUCCGGUUCGAAAAACCGAUCAAAGUCGCAACACAUCAGUAUGCACAAUUUCAUAA